UACAUAACUACCAUACAUGACAUAACCACCCCAUCAUCAUCACAUUAAUGCACAUUCACCUACUAUGAGUAACUUCCCUUCUCACCUUCUCCGUCCCCUAUAAAUAUCCCUGCCUUUUACCCUUCUUCUCUCCGAUUAUUUCGCAUAUCUCACUCACGCACUCCGUUAGCAAAAAACCGCUCCUCAUCACUCACAAUGGGCGAGAACGAUGAGAACAAUAACCAAAAAGGCAAGAAGAAGGGCAACGAAGACUCCAAGAACAACAAAGAGAAGACUGCUGUUACUAUUGUUUUGAAGAUUGAUAUGCACUGUGAAGGCUGUGCUUCCAAAAUCGUCAAAUAUGUUCGCGGCUUUGAAGGUGUUGACAAGGUGAGAUCAGAGACUGAUGCAAACAAGCUAACGGUGGUUGGAGCUGUGGAUCCGUCAAAGAUUCGAGAGAAAUUGCAGCAAAAAACUAAGAAGGUGGUCGACCUCAUCUCUCCACUGCCCAAGAAAGAGAACAACAGUAAAGACUCCAAGCAAGAGAACAAGAAAUCUGAUGAUAAGAAACAAGACAAAGAUAAAAAACCAAAGGAGGCUCCGGUUACGACGGCGGUUUUGAAGGUGAAUUUGCACUGCCAGGGUUGCAUUGAAAAGAUUCAGAAGGCUGUGGGCAAGACGAAAGGGGUUCAGGAAAUGUCAAUAGACAAGCAGAAGGAACUUGUGACGGUGAAGGGGACGAUGGACGCGAAGGCUCUUGCGGAGGUGUUGAAGGAGAAAUUGAAGCGAAGCGUGGAGGUGGUGCCAGCGAAGAAGGAGAAGGAGAAGGAGAAAGAGAAAGAGAAAGAGAAGGAGAAAGAUAAGGAGAAAGAGAAGGAGAAGAAGAAGGGAAAUGGAGGUGGUGGGGAGACUGAAGGGGGUGGGAAGAACAAGAAGGGCGGCGGAGGAGACGGCGUCGGAGGAGGAGAGGUUGGCGGCAAUAAAAUGGAAGAGAUGAGAAUGGAUGGGUACAUGAUUGGUCAGGCUGGACAUUGCGGGUACUGGUACGGGCAUCCGAGUGAGGUGCAUGCUCCACAAUUGUUCAGUGAUGAGAACCCUAAUGCCUGCUCCAUCAUGUGAAUAAUAAUUAAAAAAAAGUAUUAUUAAUUACAGAUGUAAAUGAGAGAGAGAGAGGAAAUUUUGGAUGUUUUGAAGGAUGUUAUUUUGAAUUGUAGUGGUGAUCGGUUAGUUUU